AAACAAAAUAAGAUCGCCUGAAAAUGGUUAGCUUAAUUAACACAAUCGAUACCGGCCAUGAAGAUAUGAUUCACAAUGCCGUUCUAGAUUAUUAUGGAAUGCAUUUGGCAACAUGUUCAUCGGAUGGUUCGGUGAAAAUAUUCGAUGUUAAGAACCGUAAUCAGGUUUUGGUUGCUGAUCUAAAGGGUCAUCAGGGUCCAGUGUGGCAAGUAGCAUGGGCCCAUCCAAAGUUUGGCAAUAUAUUGGCUUCGUGUUCCUACGAUCGUAAGGUGAUAGUUUGGAAAGAAGGUGGUGCCAACGACUGGACAAAACUUUAUGAGUACAGCAACCAUGAUUCUUCUGUUAAUUCUGUGGCAUUUGCUCCCUCCGAAUAUGGCCUUAUGUUGGCUUGCGGCAGUUCAGAUGGUUCCAUAUCCAUUUUGACAUGCAACACAGAGUAUGGCGUGUGGGAUUGUAAAAAGAUACCAAAUGCCCAUACAAUUGGUUGCAAUGCUGUUACAUGGUGUCCCUCCACUGUACCAGAGCCCGCAUUCGACCAAAAAUCUUCCACACGCAGUGCCGGUAUUAAGCGUUUGGCUAGUGGUGGUUGUGAUAACUGUGUUAAAAUCUGGCGGGAAGAGAGCGAUCGUUGGGUAGAAGAAAGUCGUUUGGAAGCCCAUUCCGAUUGGGUACGUGAUGUCGCCUGGGCACCCUCAAUUGGUUUGCCACGUUCACAAAUUGCCUCAGCAUCCCAAGAUCGUCACGUUAUCAUCUGGAAUAGUACUGAUUUUACAACAUGGUCACCAACGAUUUUACACACAUUCGACGAUGUUGUGUGGUCCGUCAGUUGGUCAAUGACAGGAAAUAUUUUGGCCGUAACUGGUGGAGACAAUAAAGUAACCCUCUGGAAGGAAAAUAAUGAAAAUCAAUGGACCUGUAUCAAUGACGAUGCUUCGGUGGCAGGUGGCCAACAAUCCGAACAACGAACAUUGUGAAUUG